GGCUAUCUGGGGAGUGAACCAGAGGAUGGAAGCCCUCUCUCUGUCUAUCUCUCUCUGUAACUCUGUCUUUCAAAUAAAUAAAUAAAUCUUUAAAAAAAAAAACUAGAUGGAAAUAGAAUUCUCUCUCAUGCAAAUUUUUUAAAAGAUUUUAUUUAUUUGAGAGGUAGUGUUACAGACAGUGAGAGGAAGAGACAAAGGUCUUCCUUCUAUUGGUUCACUCCCCAAAUGGCUGCAAUGGCCUGAGCUGUGGCGAUCUGGAGCCAGGAGCCAGGUGCUUCUUCCCAGUCUCCCACAUGGGUGCAGGGGCCCAAGGACUUGGGUCAUCUUCUACUGCUUUCCCAGGCCACAGCAGAGAGCUGGAUUGGAAGUGGAGCAGCCGGGACUAGAACCGGCGCCAUAUGGGAUGCCAGCGCUGCAGGCAGAGGAUUAACCUACUGUGCCACAGAGCCGGCCCUCUCAUGCAAAUUAAGUUCAGAGGUAAGCAGUCCAGAGCUGGUGGACCAUCCUGUUAUCAGCAAGGCCCCAGAAACCUUCGAUUGUGGCUUCCAUCUUCAAGGCUCAUGGUCUAAGAUGUGUUUUCUGGAAGUUCUACUGAACAACUUUAGCUGACACCUAAUUGGCCACCUCUAACUGCAGUGAAUGUUGGGACAUGUUUUCUUUUAACCAAGCACAUUGAACAACAUCAGGUUUUCCUUACUAAGGAAAAAGAGAGGAGUGGAUGCUUGGUAGGCAGGUUGUGGUCUGGGACAUGGCAGGUAACAGAAGUGUUUCAUUGCCAUGUUGCCGUGUCUUAGCCUGUUUCCUGUUGCUGUAACUGAACAUCACAGGCUAGGUGACUUAUUAAAGAUAGGUGUUUAUUUAGCCUACUGGUGUGGAGGCUGGGAAGGCCAAGAACAUGGUGCUGACCUCUGCUCAGCAUCUGGCAGGGGCCUUCCUGCUGGGCUGUGGCGUGGUCCAGGACAUCACAUGGGGAGCCUGAGCGAGUGAGUCAGAGAGAGCUCACUUUUAUAACCAAGCCACUCCCACAGUAGCCCAUUGAAUAUUGAUCUGUGAAUGCACUGAGCCACUCAAGAGGCCGAGCCCAUCCCUCCAAGAGGUCUCCCUGCUCAACACUGCUGCAAGGGAACCAAGUUCCCAAAACACGAAACCAUAGCACACUGAAUAGCUCUGAUUCCUACUGCGCCUGGAAAUGUACAGGCUCCGAAUUUCCUAUUCUAUGAGAGAUCAUUUCACAUCCUUGCCAAGUUUCUAUAUUGCUGCCCUUAGAGUCUUCUUAAAAUGUGUUCUCUGUAUAAUUUUUUAAAGAUUUAUUUAUUUAUUUGAAAGGCAGAGCUACAAAGAGGCAGAUGCAGAAAGAGAGAAAGAGGUCCUUCAUCUGCUGGUUCACUCCCCAGAUGGCUACAAUGGCUGGAGCUGCACUGAUCUGAAACCAGGAGUCAGGAGCUUCUUCCAGGUCUCCCAUGUGGGUGCAGGGACCCAAGGACUUGGGCCAUCCUCUACUGCUUUCCCAGGCCAUACAGAGAGCUGGACUGGAAGAGGAACAUCCAGGACUCAAACCGGUGCCCAUAUAGGAUACCAGCACUGCAGACAGUGGCCUUACCGGCUAUGCCAUAGCACUGGCCCCUCUCUGUGUAAUUUUAGCAAGAUACUCUGAUGUGAUCUUGUGUGUGUGUGUUUGUGUGUGUGUGUGUGUGUGUGUGUGUGUGUGUUUUUCUUGGUUUCUUUUAGAAUGCCUGGCAGGCUGCUCUCUCUCUUCUGGAUGUGAAAGGAGACACAAGCCUACCCCGGGGGCAUGGACAGCCCUUAGGAUGCUGGCUGGAAAUUUUUCAAGAUUGCAUCCAUGAACCUCUGGAAAGCAGCAGAGAACUAAGAACAGUUUAUUUCCUGCAGAGAACCACAUGAUCAAUUGGCGGUAGCAGGGUCCUGGAUGGGAUCUGAAAACCUCCCUCUGUUUACUUGGAAUACGCCUCACCCUCCAAGACAGAGUUUUCUCCAGAGCCUGUUGUCCCUGCACAGCAGGGCUCCUGCUCCUGCAGCCGCAAUUCCUUCACCCUCCAAGAAGGCUGCCAGGAAUGACGAGGGGAGGGGGAAGCCGUGGGCGGUGGCAAAAGGCAGGGCCAGGGAAGAGCCCGGACCCUGCGGCUCCAGCCUGAGGACUCCUCUCUCUGCUCCUUCCCCCUGCUGUUGGUGCUGCUGCUCAAAGCUGCCAGGAUGUGUGGCCCAUUCCUGAGGCGACUGUUACGUGAGGAGAGCCAGCACUCCACCCCUGUGGGGCGCCUCCUGCUUCCUGUGCUCCUGGGAUUCCGCCUCGUGCUGUUAGCUGCCGGUGGGCCUGGCGUCUAUGGCGAUGAACAAAGUGAAUUUGUGUGUCACACACAGCAGCCAGGCUGCAAGUCGGCCUGCUAUGACGCCUUCCACCCCCUCUCUCCACUGCGCUUCUGGGCCUUCCACGUCACCUUAGUGACUGUACCCAGUGCCCUCUACAUGGGUUUCAUCCUGUAUCAUGUGAUCUGGCAUUGGGAAGAAUCAGGAAAGCUGAAGAAGGAGGAGGAGGCCCUGGUCCCUGAAGGGGAGAGCAGUAAGGAUGCCUCAGGGACUGGGAACUUGAGGCUCCUCUGGGCCUAUGUGGCACAACUGGGGACUCGACUGGUCCUUGAAGGAGCAGCCCUUGGGGGGCAGUACCAUCUAUAUGGGUUCAAAAUGCCCAGUUCCUUUGCAUGCCGUCGAGAGCCUUGCCUUGGUAGUAUCACCUGUAAUCUUUCCCGCCCCUCUGAGAAGACCAUCUUCCUAAAGACCAUGUUUGGGGUCAGUGGGGUCUGUCUCUUCUUUACUCUUUUGGAGCUUGUGCUUCUGGGAUUGGGGAGAUGGUGGAGGAGCCGGAAGCACCAAUCCUCCUCUUCUAACUACUUCCCAACUUCAGAGAGCACUAGAAGUCACAAAGAACCAACCAAUACCUUCCCAGUGAUGGAAACAAAACAGCAGUUUCGGGAAGCAGCAUUAUGAAGGCAUCUGACUCACCUGAAGGAAACCCUAUGAUGGGAUCUUCUCAAUAGCCAGUGAGUGGGGAUUCAUGUUCAUGACAAAUUAGAGGCUGUUGAAGCAUCUCUAAGGAUAAAGGAUCUAAGGAUGAGCCACGCUGUCUAAAGCAUUUCCCGGAAGAGUUCCUGCUUGUGCCUUCUCACCAGAAUUCUCUGGGGUCAGCCCCAGAAUUUUCAAAGAGUUGGUUCAAGAGUCAGCCAGAAGCCUCUAUAAACUGUGCCUCUCCGCUGCCCAGCUCAAUAAACGUUGAUGACUGUUA